CCCGUCGCGGUCCGAGGAUGCGGGAGGCGCCCGCGCUGCCCCGCGGCCCCGCCGCCCCCGCCGCGCCCGCCCCCGGGCCCGUGCCCGUGCCCGGCUUCCUCGCCAAGCUCUGGGCCUUGCUGGAGGAUCCGGACAGCGACGACGUCAUCUGCUGGAGCAGGAAUGGCGAGAAUUUCUGCAUUCUGGAUGAGCAGAGGUUUGCCAAGGAGCUGCUCCCCAAGUACUUCAAACACAACAAUAUCUCCAGCUUCAUACGGCAGCUCAACAUGUAUGGUUUCAGGAAGGUGAUUGCACUGGAGAAUGGUAUCAUUACAGCAGAGAAAAGCUCAGUCAUUGAGUUCCAGCACCCUUUCUUCAAGCAAGGAAAGGCACACUUACUGGAAAACAUCAAGCGCAAGGUGUCUGCAGUGAGAACUGAGGAUCUCAAGGUCUGCACAGAGGAUUUGCACAAAGUCCUGUCUGAGGUGCAGGAGAUGAGAGAGCAGCAGAACAACAUGGAUGUCAGGCUGGCUAACAUGAAGAGAGAAAAUAAGGCCCUGUGGAAAGAAGUGGCAGUUCUAAGGCAGAAGCACAGUCAACAACAGAAGCUGCUGUCUAAGAUUCUUCAAUUUAUACUAAGUUUGAUGCGAGGAAAUUAUAUUGUUGGGGUCAAAAGAAAAAGGUCUCUCACGGAUGCUGCGGGUGCUUCACCCUCCAAGUACAGUCGGCAGUAUGUCCGCAUCCCUGUGGAGAGUGGCCAAGCUAUGGCUUUUUCUGAACAUAGUGCACAUGAAGAGGAUGGGAAUGGUACAGGUCUGAUAAUCCGAGAUAUCACUGAUACCCUGGAAAAUGCCACCAAUGGCCUCCUUGCUGUGGCACACACAAGUGGCAGAACCAGAGAGCCACAGGCAGUUCUGGAUCCUGGCUUACCUCUUUGUCAAGUAUCACAGCCAAGUGAGUUGAAUUGUGCAGAACCUGUCCCAUCAGUUCCUAUAAACGAUGUCAAAGCCGGUGAAAUAGGCACGGCUGCUGUGGAGCUCCACACUGCACAGCCAAAUGCUCCAGAGGACCCUGUGUCAGUAAUUGACUCCAUCUUGAAUGAGAACAGCUCUGGAAACCAAAGUGAUCCUUUGCUGGACAGAGAGGAAAUUCAGGAUUUUCUGAACUGCAUUGAUGCCAGCCUUGAAGAGCUCCAAGCAAUGCUGUCAGGGAAGCAGUACAACUUCGGCGCUGAAGCAUUCAGCGAUACAUUUAAUCCGGAGCUGCCAGCCCUGGAUAUGAGCUUGAUGGAAACUCCCUCUGGUAUUGAAAAUAUGGCAAACUUGGCAGAGAGCAGUGAAGGUCUGGGAGCAAGUGAGAGGGAAACAGCAGGAAGCAAAGAUAUGCAGCUGAUCCAGUACAGGGCCAACCCUCUGCUUUCCUUAUUUGAAGAGCUGCCUUCAGGUGAAGCUGCUGGGAAGGUGGAGGAUCCAAAAGACUUUCUGCUGCCUCCCCUGGAGGAGAAACCUGCUCUCCAGCCUCCAGCAGCCAGUGGAACCGUUGUGCCACUUGCAGCUCCAGCAAGCCAGGCUGAGCCUCUGGACACUCUGGGAAUGGGUGAUCCUCCUCUCCUCCCAGAAGAUGGGAAUGGAGAGUAUAAACUGUUCCCACUCCUGCUUCUCAGUCCUGUUGCUAACUUCAUAGAUGAGGCCUCUGAGAUAGAAAUUUCUUGAACUCAUAGAACAUCUGUAACCAGCUUAGUGCUAUGGAAUAACCACUGAAGGAGUGGAGCAGCAAAAAGUGUGAGCUUGGUCCUCACCUGCUUCCUGGGGACCCUGCUCUGUGCAGACAAGUGGAAGUUCUCUUGCUGCAAGCAGGGAGCACAUCUGGGAGAACUGAACACAAGCUCAGCAACACCAAGAGCUGGUGGAGUGAAGGCACCAGACAGAGGGGAAGAACAACAGCCCUGUAAACAUACCACAGUGUAUUCCAUAACUUUUUAUCCAAUAUUCUUAUUGCAAGAGGAAAUAUGUUUGUAUCCUGUUUGUAAAGUUUGGCUGGGCUUUUUUGUUGGGGGGUGGUGUUUGUUUUUAUUAGCUGGAUAGUAAUGUGGUGUGUGAUAUUUUAAACCUGGGUUUUACUCUUUGGAGAGCCUGCUUCAAUAGGUGGCUUGCCUACUGUUUGGAAUUAAGUUGGUUUUAAAUUUUAAUUUGAGAUUUCUUUUGAUAGUUACUGGCUACAAUUGUUUGCAUCUGCUUAGAUUACUUUGUACUCCUAGAUUUGCUCCUAGGUAUAGGGAACAUUUUUCCUAUGGAAAAUGACAUUUAACUGUGGAGUAUUAUUUUUUAACAUGCUAGCACACAUCCAUUGCCCUGGAUUGUAGGAGUUGUGGUAGGAAGUGCUUUCCCCCCUGUGUAGUGCUAAUUUCUCAUGCACAUUGCAUGGCAAUGGGGUAACCUGCCCCCAGUUCACAGGUCUGAUGGAGAUGGUCACUAGGACUGAUUCAUGUUUAGCAAAGGCCAGCAGCUGUCCCUAAAAUGAGAAGGGGAGCCCUGGGGUGCCUUACACUGACACAGGGUGUCACAUUAAGGUUUCCCUGUGCUGGUAGCAGCUAUUGUUCCCUGCCCCUGUAUGCACACCAGGUUUCACACUGCAAUUUCUGCCCACAGAAUCUUAAAGCCAAAUUAACUAGAUGCAUCUGAGUUUUUUGACAAUAAAUUACAUAAACUAAUACCUAUCUGUUUCACCAAAAAGUUGUUCCCCAAAGUUUCUUUUGGCACUGUUUCCCUGGUUCUUUUGGCACUGUUUCCCAGGUUCUUUUGGCACUGUUUCCCAAGUUCUUUUGGCACUGUUUCCCAAGUUCUCUGAGCAGCUGCACUGUGGAGCCCAGGCCUGGUGUCAGUGGAGCAGAAGUUGUGUGCUAGUAGCAAGCAUGUCACAGCUUCACCAGCCCACACACACCUGCUAUGUGCUGAAGUGACAGCCAGCUGCUGGGGCUGCAAGAGGCGUGGGUGCAGGUAGAAACCCCCUUGGAUAAUAUCACCUGAUAUUUCCUACCAGCACAGUUACUUUAAAUUUUUUCAAGUUUUAGGGGUUUAGGCUACCUGCAGGCUUUGUUAUCUCUGAUGUUCCUGAAUUAGUAAGUGCUGAGCUCUUUUCUGUUCAAGAAUCCAAGGUAGAUAUUCUGAAGCCUGCUAGAUAAUGCAUGUUACCUGUGCUGGCCCAACUUAGAUUUGUGCUUCACUGUCGAAUCUCUGAGUUGCAGAGGAAGGUCCUGUUCCCUGAGUGUGUAACACUUCCAGUGUCAUUUUAUUUCUGUGCUUCUGUACCUGUUCUUACCUCGUGGCCCUUCUCAUUUCCUUUUGAUUUGCCUUCUGUCCAGUUUGUCUUAUUCAAUCCUUCACAGUCUUUCUUUUGCUGACUUGUUGAGGCCAAAGGCUGAAUAGUCUCAAGUUUUCAUAAGCUGAAGGGAGAGGGGGAAGUGAGCAUAUUGCAUCUGUUCCAGGUCAGGUUUGAUUUGUUAAUUCCUUCCCAAAGGUCACAGUUUUGCCAAGAGUGAAUCAGUGAAAACCAGGCUUUUCUGGUGUGCUGUUUGACAGCACCAUGCAGACAGCAGAGUUCUUUGGGAGGUUGAUCUGCACCUCUGACUCCCUGCACUGGUUGGACUGUAAUUUCUCUCACGGAUUAGUGUCAUGUUCCUGUCUCAGAGUCCUCUCCCCUCAGCACAGCUCACUGUCAGAUAUUGGGUCUGAGUGCAUCAUGGGUUUUUAAUACACUUUCUCUCUUAAGAAGUUAAGAAACCAAGGCUUAAGAAAAUUGCAAAAAAGAAAAAAGUUUGUGCAUCUGUGUGUCUGGUUUAUGUACAGGUUCAGGAAAAGUAUUUGUGCAACUUUCUUGAGAAAGAUUGCAAUGUAAAGGGGAAGACUGAACAACCAGAAAAACCCACAUGCUGAAGUAAUUAAACUCAAGAAUUGCAAAAAGA